UUUGUCAACGGUAAGUGCGAUCUAAUCUUCUGAUACUCAUCUAUCAAUACUUCUAGAACAAUACUUUAUCAUACAAUUUUGUUAUUUUAUUGUAGAAUAAUUUAUAUUGUUAUUGCAGAUUUGAAAAUUUAUACUUUUACGGAUAAUAUUUUAGUUCUUUGAUCCUUAUCGGUUGUCUUGUAAGUAGCAGUAUUCAAUGGCUUCCGAUACUCACUCCAGCCUUAACUUUGCUGACGACGGACUGGGCAGUAAUAUCGGAAUCCAGAAUGGAUCAUCGCAGAAAAUUAUUAUUGAAAAUAAUAAUCCUUCCCCUUUAGAAGAAUCAUUGGACAAUCGAUUGAAACGAAAAGCCAAACGACCAUCCAAAUCUCUUGGCAAUGAAGAAAAUGUUGGUAAUGUUGUUAAUGUGAAUGGGUCUUAUUUACGGUACACGAAAAACAGUCGUAGGUCUAGGAAUGGGUUUGGACGAGGACUUCCCAAAAAAGGAGGUGCUGGUGGCAAAGGGACAUGGGGAAAGCCAGGAAGUGAGCUGAUGAUGGAACAUGAUGAAAUUAUAUCUGAUGUUCGUGAUCCAAACUAUGAUUUCGAAAAUCAGGAUGACUGUGAGUUUGAGGCUAUAGCACCUGAAUUGACACCUGAAGAUCUCGAUAAAACUGUGGAUCCUAUAAUUCAUGAAUACUUUGAACAUGGUGAUACCCAAGAAGUUAUUGUUUGCCUUGAAGAGUUAAACUUGGGUAAAUUGAGACCACAAUUGAUUGGAAUGGCAGUUAGUCUUGCCAUGGAACGUAAACCCUCUCACCGUGAAAUGACUUCUGUUUUAAUCUCUGAUAUGUAUGGCCAGAUACUUUUACAAGAGGACAUUGCAGCUGGAUUUGAUCAGUUGCUGAUUGAUCUUCCUGAUCUUGUACUCGAUACACCAGAUGCUGCUACUGUUCUAGGAAACUUCAUUGCACGUGCUGUUGCUGAUGACUGCUUACCUCCAAAAUUUGUACAGAAUUAUAAAGGGAAAGUGGAAUGUGAACAUGCCAGAGCUGCCUUAGAGCAUGCAGAUGCUCUUCUGAGUAUGAAACAUGGUUUGGUACGAUUGGAUAAUGUUUGGGGAGUUGGUGGUGGAAUGCGACCUGUUAAAUAUUUGAUUAAUCAGAUGCAUUUGCUUCUGAAAGAAUAUUUGUGUUCUGGAGAUAGUGUUGAAGCUUGUCGUUGUAUUCAAGAGCUUGAAGUGCCCCAUUUUCAUCAUGAACUAGUGUAUGAAGCCUUAAUAAUGGUGAUUGAAGACAUACGGGAGAGUUCCAUGGAUCUUAUGUGCAGCCUUUUUAAAGUUUUGGCUUCCAGUGUCAUUGUUACUCCUGAUCAGAUGACUAGAGGAUUUUUUCGUGUAUAUGAGGAAAUGCCUGAUAUCUGCAUUGAUGUACCUCCAGCAUAUUCUGUUCUGGAGAAAUUUGUUGAUAAAUGUAACAAAGCUGGUUUCCUGACUGAAGAAAUUGUAAAGAAGUUACCUUCAAGGGGACGCAAACGAUUUGUUUCUGAAGGAGACGGGGGAGCAGUGAAAACAUACUGAUUUAUAAACAUUCAUUUGCAUGCCAUAUGGUUUUGAUUGCAUGAGCAACAGUUCUUGAAAAUCCUUAUCUUUUCUGUAUAUAUGUGCAGCAGUUUUGUAAUGUUUAAAAAUAGAGAAAUGUGGGGUUUUA